AUUUAAUAUUCUAUGAAAUGUUUCUUGUUUAACAAAUACUCGUAUACAAGUACAUAACACGAGCUUAAUCAAUAACGUCGCUUUUUAAGCAACGGUGCAACAUUUGGAGUCCCGAAUAUUCCUUGUAUCAUGAAUUAACUCUGAACUGGGCAAGCCAUAACAUAAAUCGGUUCGUAUGUCAGGCACAACUUUAAUAAAUAUUUCAGCCAACGAUCGAAGAAGUUUUGGUGAGCGCCACAGUCAAGGAGAAACCAGUUUAAUUACUGAAUUAAAUGGAGAAAAUUUGGUUAUGAGCUUACCUUCAAAAGAUAUAACUUCAAUUUCUCAGAAUCAUCAAUUGGAACCAUUAAUAAAACUAAACUCAAACGAGACGUCUACACAAAACACGGUUCACGCUGCAACCGCUGUUGCGGUUGCACAUCAUCAUCAUAAUUUGUCUAAUAUCCAUCAUCUCCAAAGCUUGCAUAGCCAACACCAGAACUCUCUGUUUAAUAACAAUCACUCAACGCCAUUUAGUGUGACAGAUAUUUUAAGUCCAAUAGAGGAAUCAUAUCGCAAACUGGAAUUAAACGGAAAUCCGCCAUCACCAUUUCGAUCUAACUCAAGUGGCAGCAGUAUCAAUUCGCCAGGCACCCUCAGUACUUCAACUAUGGCAAAUCCAUAUGCCAUGGGUUCGUUAUAUCACAGUCCUGGAGUACAAAGCUAUUGUGGCCCAACAGAUAAUUUGUCGUUGGCUGGACACUAUACCGAUAUGAGAAGCUCAGCGUCAUGGUAUGGGUCAACGGCCAAUGAUCCAAGAUUCGCAAUAUCACGACUUAUGAGUACAUCAGCCAGCGGCUCAAUGGGGCAUAUGGGGAACAUGGGUGGCUUAGCAGCGUGCAGUGUAAGCGAGUCAAAACCUCUACAGUUCCCUUUAGCGCAAAGAAGAAAACGGAGAGUUUUAUUUACUCAAGCACAGGUUUAUGAACUUGAAAGAAGAUUCAAACAACAAAGAUAUUUGUCUGCACCUGAAAGAGAACAUUUGGCAAGUCUUAUUCACUUGACGCCCACACAGGUUAAAAUAUGGUUCCAAAACCAUAGAUACAAAUGUAAACGACAAGCAAAAGAAAAGGCAAUGGCUGAACAAAAUCAACACAAUCAGUCUGCAAGUUCACCCCGGCGCGUAGCUGUCCCAGUAUUAGUAAAAGAUGGUAAGCCUUGUUCAGGAGGUGGAAGUGGAACACAGCAAUCCCAUGUUAACGGAUCUACAACUUCCGGUAAUAACAGUAAUAACAGCAGUAGUGGAAACGGGAACAAUGGAACGACUCCAGUAGCUGUUAAUGUAACGACUGGCCUAAAUCUCAUAGCUGCAGAUGCACCUAAUUCACAUUCGCCUGAUACGUCUUCCUCACUACUAGCAACCUACAGCGGGACAGUUGGAGGUUCCAAUGUAGCAAUGUUACAGCAACCCUGCAAUAACACUUUGAUGUCUAACAGUUUAGCUAUGGCAUAUCGAAACCAAAACAAUUUUAUUUCUAAUGGUCAUCAGCAACAAUGUGGGGGUUACUUACCGUUGCAAGGCAGAGCAUGGUAAACAUAAUAUAAGAAUAUAUCCAUUUGGCUAAAGUGUACUCAAUUCGGUCUAAUGUUAAUUGUUAGUAAGCGCAAUAUUUAUACAUAUAAAAAUUCUGUUCUGCAUUAUGUCCUUUGUCCUUUGGUAAAAAUUAUA